AGAUGGGAAAAUGUAUGGCACUUCUUUCACUAUUAUUUAUUGUCACUGUUUUUGGCAUGCUGGUUUUGGUGUACAUGGACAGUCCUACAAAUUACAUACACUACCGUCCUCCAAAAAUAAAAGCUACUCCAACAAAUAAUAAACAAAAAAUCCCGGAGGCUUCAAAUUCGAUAACGCCCAUCAAUGGCUCAAAGCAUUUCAUGGUGUCUGCGUUUAUCGACCACAGACUGGACGGGGUCAUUCGAGUCAUCAGCAUAAUCAACAGAAACAGUCUUCAGCCACUUUACUGUGUUUACUGCAGCACUGAACAUGACUGCAGAACUGUUCAGGCAGAUGUCCAGAUACACACAGACCAUUUUAGCUUUCCGUAUGGUGCCUCAGAUGUGAUUUGUAAAGGUAAACACAUGCAAAAUGCAACACAUGUCCUCGUAACAACUGAUGAGAAAGAUUCAGUUGACCCCAAGAUGGAGUAUCUGCCAAUUCAAAAUAAGGUGGCAAGAGAGACUUUCAAGUUUAACUUCACGAUUUGCAUCUCCAACCUUUUUGGCAACUACAACAAUGUACUGCAGUUUGCUCAAACUAUAGAGAUGUACAAGCUUCUGGGUGUACAGCAUGUGGUCAUCUAUAAAACGAAAUGUGGACCAGACCUGAAAAAGCUUUUAAAACAUUAUGAAACAGAGGGGAUACUGGAGAUUGUUUCAUGGCCUAUUGACAAGUUUCUGAACCCGUCUUUAGGCUGGAACAUCAAGAUGCACAAGGGCGAUGUCCAUUAUUAUGGUCAGUUAGUAACACUCAACGAGUGCAUUUACAGGCACAUGUAUCAAUCCAGGUACGUUCUCCUGAAUGAUAUUGAUGAGAUCAUCAUGCCGUACAAACACACCGAUUUACCACCUCUUAUGGAGGAUCUUCAGUCUGCUCAUCCCAAUGUUGGGGUGUUCCUCAUAGAGAACCACAUAUUCCCCAAAACACAGUUUGAGGACAGUGGGAAGUUCAAACGAGCAGAAUGGAAUAAUAUUCCAGGUGUCAAUAUCAUGGAGCACAUUUACAGAGAACCUGAUCGAAAGAACAUUUUCAAUCCCACAAAGAUGAUUGUCAACCCAAGGAAGGUGCAGCAAACCUCAGUGCAUUCCACUUUGAAAGAAACUGGAGGUUGUUACCAUGUACCGUUUAAUGUAUGUAGGAUUGUUCAUGUGAGAGUCCCACUGCAGGGGCAUCUGACCAAAGACCAACUGUUUGUAGACAAAAGAGUCUGGGACUUUGAGCAAGAACUGAUACCGAACAUUGACCAGACAUUGAAGCUUUCUGGUCUCCUGAAUGUUUCCAGAUAAAAUGUUUGUAUCAAUGUAAAUAAAGCCUAAACUGUAUUGAAAUGUUAUAUUUUCAAAUAGGCCUAACUGUAGGCCUUGAAGUUUUCACUUAAUAUAAACCCAGUCACAUGACGUUCAGAAACAUUUUUCUCUUUUCAUGUAGCUACUCAUGGCGGAGCAAGUUAGUA